AUGUUGGUGUCAUUUGAAGGCCUGGCUGUGGACAUCACUCAGGAGGAGUGGCAGUACCUGGACUGUUCUCAGAAGACCCUGUACAAAGAUGUGAUGAUGGAGAUUUACAACAGCCUGUUGUUUUUGGGAUACUGCAAAAGCAAACCUGAGGUGAUCUUCAAGUUGGAACAGGGAGCAGAGUCAUGGACAGUGACAAAACCCCUAAAUCGUAGCCUGUCAGAUGAAAAGGCUCAUAUGGGAGAUACCUGUAAUAAGUCAGUUGGCACUGUAGGAAAGACAACUGAACAUGUAAAGAAAACUUCCCAGAAAAAGUCCUACCACAGUAAACCUCAACAAACACACAAAGGAAAGAAACUUUAUGAAUCUUUUGAGUAUGAGGAAACUCUCAUUUACAAAUCAGAUUUUACCACAAGUCAAAGAACACAUACAGGAAGAAAAAUCUAUUCUUGUAACCCCUGUGGAAAAUCUUUCAAUUGUAAAUCCUGCCUUUCUAUCCAUCAUAGAACUCAGAAAGGGGAAAAGCCCUCUGGGUGCAAUGAAUGUGGGAAAUCCAUUUACCUGAGGUCAGAUACUACAAAUCUUAUGAUUCAUUCAAGAUACAAAUCUUUUACAUGUGAAACAUGUGGCAAAGCCUUUUAUUGGAAGUCGCAACUCAUUCUACAUCAGAGAAUUCACACAGGGGAUAAACCUUAUCAAUGUAAUACAUGUGGAAAAGGCUUUCAUUGGAAAACAAGCCUUAUUUCACAUCAAAGAAUUCACACAAAAGAGAAAUCAUACAAAUGUGAUAUUUGCAGAAAAACCUUUUCAUGGAAGUUAAAUCUCACUCAAGCCUUUCGCUGGAAGUCAAACCUCACUACAAAUCAGAGAAUUCACACAGGGGAUAAACCUUUUGAAUGUAAUACAUGUGAAAAAGCCUUUUGCCGAAAAUCACAACUCAUUGUACACCAGAAGAUCCACAAAAGGGGGAAAACUUAUGAAUGUAGUACCUGUGGAAAAUUCUUUUUCCAGAAGCCACAACUCACUCUACAUAAGAGGGAGAAGAUUUAUGAAUGCAAAAUGUGUGGAAAACCCUUUUGCUGGAAGUCACAACUCUUUACCCAUCAGAGAAUGCAUAGAUCAGAGAAAAUUUAUGAAUUCAAUGCCUGUGGAAAAGUCUUUUGUAAUAACUCAACUCAUUACACAUCAGAGUGUUCACACAGGGGAGAAAAUUUAUCAAUGUGA